AUGGUUCCGCGCCUGUCUGAGUAUGGAGCAGCCAGCUCUCUCGCACUUGCUCGCGAAUGCAACAAUCAAAUGAUUAGGCUGAGCUCUGCGCUGUCUCCAGAACAAUUCCAUAGUAUCACCGGUGGUGGCCCAAGUAUCAGUGAACAUAUGGAGACGUGCUUGAAGUUCCAAGAGCUGGGGGCGGCUUCGAAAGAGAUUGUAGGACUUGGAUUCCGGGCUACAUCAGUUAUCCAGGUUCCGACCUCCACCUAUUUAAUUUUCUAUGUCCACGGUGGCGGCUUCGUGUCGGGCUCCUCGCUAGGUUCAGCGAAGUACCUUUUGCAGAUGUUUCUAGAGUUGGAGCAGAGGGGAAUAGUGUGUGAUAUUAUCAGUGUUGAUUAUGACCUUUCUCCGGGUGCAGUCUACCCCACCGCACUUCGCCAGGUCAUUUGCGCCUACAGAUAUGGAGCCGCUCAGGGGAAGGACAUCGUACUCAUGGGGGAUUCGGCGGGCGGGAACUUGUGUCUCGGGCUGCUCCAGCACUUAGCCUUGCCUAAUCCGCUGCUAGAGACUCCUAUCGAGAAGCCUGGCGGUGGGAGAAUCACAGCGAUGUGUUUACUCAGUCCAUGGGUGAAUUUGCGCACUGAUGGUCCUUCAGUCUACCAGUACAAGUCUUUCGAUUGUUUAGACAAGACCGUCCUCGAUGAAUGGGCCAGGCACUAUAUGGGACCCCGCAAUGUGCUUGACUGUUACAGCAAUCCCAUUGAGCGCGAGAAACACUGGGGAACGAUAAUGCCAAAACAUUCCAUGAUUUUGGCUGGGGGAAUGGAACUAUUCCUAUCUGACAUUAUGGACUUUGCGAGAAAAGUAUCUGUGGCAAGUAGCCUGUCUUUCUUUCCAAUCCAGCAUCUGAUUUGGCAGCAGGAUCGCGAAGACGCUAUGGAGCUUUUGGUGACACCGAGUAAAGGGCAUGCUUGGGCGGCGGUCGACUAUGGCUUCAAAUGCGGUGCGAGGCAGCUUGCUGUUGCCACAAGUGACGACUCAAAGGAGCAUCUCGAAGGGCUAUCUGGAUUGCUGAUGCAGGUUGAUUGGAUCGCAAAAGAGCUCAAUGCAUAA